AUGGCUGAGGACGUCGCUCACCAUUCCCGCUUCGUCUCGGCACUGGAAGGCAGCAAGCCUUCCUACUACGAGGAGACGAUGCACGACCUGCUAGGUAUGGAGGAACCCGACUUCUACCUCAUGGGGCUGUUUCUUCGGGACAUGCGGCUGCAUCCUGCGUCAGGCUCAAACUCACUGAAAAAUAGACAUGAAUCUGUCAGUGAUCAACGACGUAGUGCUGAAAAGAAACAAUUCGGGUGCUCUGUUUGUACGAAAUCUUUUACACAGAAAGGAGAUAUUAAGAAACACAUGAGAAUCCACACAGGAGAAAAACCAUACAGCUGCUCAGUCUGUAAGAAAGGUUUUUCACAGAAUGGACAUUUAAAGCUACACAUGAGAGUCCACACAGGAGAGAAACCUCACAGCUGCUCAGUCUGUAAGAAAGCUUUUUCACAUAAUAUAAAUUUAAAAGCACACAUGAGAAUCCACACAGGAGAUAAACCACACAGCUGCUCAGUCUGUAAGAAAGGUUUUUCACAGAAUGGACAUUUAAAGUUACACAUGAGAGUCCACACAGGAGAGAAACCUCACAGCUGCUCAGUCUGUAAGAAAGCUUUUUCACAUAAUAUAGAUUUAAAGGCACACAUGAGAGUCCACACAGGAGAAAAACCAUACAGCUGCUCAGUCUGUAAGAAAGCUUUUUCACAGAAUAGAAAUUUAAAGGUACACAUGAGAGUCCACACAGGAGAAAAACCAUACAGCUGCUCAGUCUGUAAGAAAGGUUUUUCACAGAAUAGAAGUUUAAAGGCACACAUGAGAGUCCACACAGGAGAGGAAAUAUACAGCUGCAAUGUUUGUGACAAAAGAUUUAAAUGGUGUACUGAUUUCAAAAGACACAAGUGUGUUGGUCGUCAGUCCUCACAGCUUAAUGAAAUUCAAACUGAGGAUAACAGAGAGGCAGAGCCUCCAAUCAGCAGCUCAGCUGAACACAUGGCAACAGAAGCUGAUGGAGAGGACAAUGAAUAAGUCUUGAAUAUGACAGUUCACACGUGAAAAAAUCUGUCUGACUGGAAAAACAUUGUUGCACAACAUUCAUAUAAGACUUAAAUUAACUCCAUCUUUAUCAACAUGAGUGGACAAUAUGUUUAAUGUUUUGUCAUACUGAUUUAUAUGUUAAACACUGACUGUUGAUGAACCAUUUUAUUUUUGGAUUGAGGGCUCCCAAGUUUCCAUGUAGAGAUAUAGGAUGAUUUGAUGUAUUGUUCUUUAUUUCUAAAUGUUUUGUAUCUUUGCUAUCCUGUUAAUGAGCUCUGUUUUACAUAAAUGUU